UUUAACUUUCUUUUUUAUUGUUUUCAUUUAUAAAGUAUUUGCUAGAUCUUAUGUUGAUAUACAGUGGAAAAUCAUAAAUUAUCAUGGCGAAUGUGUCAUACCAUAUCUCGAAUUUAUUGGAAAAGAUGACUUCAAGUGAUAAGGAUUUCAGAUUCAUGGCAACAAAUGAUCUGAUGACUGAGUUACAGAAAGACUCCAUAAAAUUGGAUGAUGACAGUGAAAGAAAGGUUAUUAAAAUGCUUCUCAAAUUGCUGGAAGAUAAAAAUGGAGAAGUUCAGAAUCUUGCCGUGAAGUGUCUUGGACCUUUGGUUGGGAAGGUGAAAGAAUAUCAAAUUGAAUCAAUAGUGGACACUUUGUGCAACAAUAUGUUGUCAGAUAAAGAACAACUGAGAGAUAUAUCAAGUAUUGGUCUGAAAACUGUCAUUACCGAACUCCCAACAUCAAAUUAUGGAACAGUUGGAACUAUUUGUAAGAAGAUAACCAAUAGACUUACUUCAGCUAUUUCUAAACAAACUGAUGAAUCAGUGCAACUGGAAGCACUUGACAUUUUAGGUGAUUUAUUGAGCAAGCAUGGUGGUCUUCUAUCAAAUUUUCAUUCUCAAGUGAAAGAUUCGUUGCUUCCACUUCUGAAAAGCCCUCGUAUGGCUGUUCGCAAAAGGGCUAUUACGGCAAUCGGACAUUUGGUUAUCACCUGUAGUCACACCACUUUUACUGAACUUGUAAGUCAUCUGGUCACUCAAUUAAAAGGUGGAGACAAUAUAGAUUCAAAGAAAUUGAGACAAACAUAUGUUCAAUGUACUGGUGCCAUCGCCAGGCAAGCUGGACACAGAAUCGGACAAUAUUUAGUUGAAAUUAUGCCAUUGGUCAGCACUUUCUGCAAAAAAGAACAGGAAAAUGAUGAAUUGAAGGAACACUGCAUUCAGAUAUGUGAAUUGUUUGUGAGAAAAUGUCCAUUAGAAGUGACUCCCUAUAUCUCGGAUAUUACUAAUUUAUGCCUCGAGUAUUUGACUUAUGAUCCGAACUAUAAUUACGAUUCUGAUGAUGAUGACGUUGAGAAUGGAAUGGAUGAUGAUGAUGACCUUGAUGUUGAUGACGACGAUGACUUAGAUGAUUAUUCUGAUGAUGAUGACAUGAGUUGGAAGGUUCGCAGGGCAUCGGCUAAAUGCAUUGAAGCAGUGGUAUCAACCAGACAUGAACUUCUAGUCGAAUUUUAUAAAAAUGUCUCACAACCUCUCAUUAGUCGAUUCAAGGAAAGAGAAGAGAAUGUAAAAUCUGACGUAUUUGCUGCUUACAUUUCAUUGGUGAGACACACCAGAAACGUUCUGAGUUCAUCCACUAAAUCUGGAGAAGAAGAUAUUUCCAUGGAAACAGAAGACACUCCCUUGUCACUGUUGGCAGGACAAGUACCAAGCAUUGUAAAAGCUAUAUACAAGAAUCUUAAAGAUAAAAGUGUCAAGACAAGACAAUGCUGUUUCUCCCUGUUGACUCAACUUGCUCUGACAGUCCCUGGUUGUUUAUCUGAACAUUUGGUUGUUUUGAUGCCUGGAAUACAACAUUGCUUAUCUGGGGAUCGACAUAAUACUUCAAACCUAAAAAUUGACACCUUGAAUUUUGUUCAUGUUCUUCUCACUCAUCAUGAUCCCGAGGUUAUUCAUCCAUUUGUAUCUGCACUUGUGCCCGCAAUUGUACAAACAGCUCAAGAUCCUUUCUAUAAAAUAACUUCAGAUGCUCUACUUGUUAUGCAAGAUCUUGUGAAGGUGAUAUGUCAUGGAAAUUUAGCUGCUAGUCCUGAAUCGUUGAUAAAAAAUCUUUAUGAUGCGACUUUCCAUCGAUUGAAAGCAUCUGACAUUGAUCAAGAAGUCAAAGAACGAGCAAUAACUUGCAUGGGACAAAUUUUGGCUUCUGCGGGAGACAAGCUUGCCUCUCACGUUCCAGAAACUUUGGAAAUAUUUCUUGAUCGACUAAAAAAUGAAAUCACACGAUUGACGACAGUUCGUGCGUUACAUACAAUUGCUUCACCCCAAAAACCUAUGAUUUCUCUGAACAAUAUUCUAGCGAGAGCAAUGCCGAUUAUGGCAAAUUUUUUGAGAAAGAAUCAACGUUCGUUAAGAAUUGCUACACUUCGAUGUCUUGAAAGUAUUUUCACCAAUUAUCCUGGGGAUAUAACAGUUAAAAUGAUCCAUGAUGUUGAACAGGAACUUGCUCCUCUGAUUAAUGAAAAUGAUCUCCAUAUUACUCAGCUUGCUAUAAGACUUUUAUCAUUGAUGAUCAAUACACCUGCUGCAUCUGCAGGAGGUCCCAACUGGCCCUCACCACUCGAUGCCCGUCCCAAUUUAACAAGCGAUAUUUUGCCAACUGUGUAUGUGAUAGUUCAGUCAUCACUUUUGCAAGGUGGAGCAUUGAAAGCUGUUUUGGAUUUCUUCAAGACAUUGGUGACUUGCCAGGCAGCACGAUCGGAUGGAAGUGAGAUUUCAUUUCAUAAAGUUUUACGAAAACUAAUCGAACCAAUUUAUGUACCGGAAAAACAAACAAAACAACAAGCAAGAGCUUCCAUGUCUCCGCCACCAUCAGCAGGACAAGCUAGACAAACAUUGAGCAAGCAAGCUUAUCAUUCAACUGCAAAAUGCAUCUCUGCAUUGACUCAUGCAUGUCCAGAAGAGACUGACAACAUUGUUCGACAAUUUGUCAUGGAUACUUCUAAUCCAAAAUCUAGUGAUUCAAUUCGUACAUUCGCCGUUCUUUCGAUUGGUGAAAUUGGAUUGAGAGUUGACUUGAGUCCUUUCCCAGAUAUUGAAAAGGUUAUCAUGAAAGCAUUUGCAGCAUCUAGUGAAGAAGUCAAGUCUGCUGCAUCGUUUUCACUUGGUCGUGUCAGUAUUGGUAAUCUACAGCAUUAUCUACCAAUACUUCUGAAGGAAAUUCAUAACCAGCCAAAAAGUCAAUAUCUACUACUGCAUGCUCUCAAAGAAACCAUCAGUCUGUCAGAAUUUUCUGUCCUAGAGAAAUAUGUUGUCGAUAUCUGGAAACUACUUUUUAAGCAUUGUGAAUGCGAAGAAGAAGGAACAAGAAAUGUAGUAGCUGAAUGUCUUGGAAAAUUGACUCUCAUUCAUCCAACCAUAUUGUUGCCUGAAUUACGACAAAAUUUAACAUCCACUUCAGUGCUUGUACGGGCAACAGUCGUCACUGCAUUCAAAUUUACAAUUACGGAUCAACCGACUUUGGUUGAUGCAUUAUUGAAAGAAUGUAUUGGAGAAUUCUUAGCAUUACUGUUGGAUGGAGAGUUGAAUGUACGUCGUGUCACUCUAACCAUGUUAAAUUCUGCAGCUCAUAAUAAACCAGCAUUAAUCCGUGAUCUGCUGCCUGAGAUUCUUCCUCACUUGUACAACGAGACUAAGAUAAGGACUGAGCUUAUAAGAGAGGUUUUGAUGGGUCCUUUCAAACACACAGUAGAUGAUGGUCUCGAUGUUAGAAAGGCUGCAUUUGAGUGCAUGUACACAUUACUUGACACAUGCGUACAACAGCUUGAUAUAUUCGAAUUUUUGAAAUAUGUUGAAAAUGGAUUGAAAGACAGUUAUGAUAUAAAGAUGCUGACUUUCUUGAUGUUGGUGCGAUUGGCAGGAUUGUGUCCAAAUGUCGUCUUACAACACUUAGACAAACUCAUAGAACCAUUACGUGCAACUUGUGCUGUGAAGGUGAAAGCAGAUUCAGUAAAACAGGAAUUUGAAAAGCAAGAUGAAUUGAAGAGAUCUGCAUUACGUGCAGUACAUGCUUUACUUAAUAUUCCUGAGGCUGAUAAAUCACCAGUCAUGAGUGAAUUCCUAGCCCAGGUGAGGUCAAGCGCAGAACUAUCAUCUAUGUUUGAAAGCGUGCAAAAAGAUUCAACAGCGACAUCUCUGACUGCAUCAACAUCUGUUGAAACCAUGGACACAAGUUGAAAGGCUGUGUUCUAAAAUAUCUUACAAUCUGUAUACAGUUCAAAAGUGUCGUCCUAAUUUCUUUAUUAUGAGCAUAUGCGCCGCAAGUAAUGCCAGAUAAAGAAGAGAGCGUACACUAUCACUAUAAGAUUUUGUUUUGUUAAAAUCCCAAACAUCAAUUAUUGAUUGGAAUAGUUCGUUUUAUCGCCCUGAACUUAUAAGGAAAGCUUGAAAUGUUAUGAUGCCAAAAGUCAAUUUCCAAUCAGGAGUUAGUAAACGCAAUGUUGCGAGAGAAGCUUUCUGAUCGAGAAAUUCAUUUACUUCAUGCCUUAUUUUGAUACAUUACUCAUGGUGAAGGCACAGAACGCACCUCUUGUUAAGUGUCAAGUUCUAUUAAUAAAUAGCCAAGCGUUGGCUUUGCCUUCCAUAUUAUUCCAUUAUUAUAUUAACUAUUCAUGGCUCAUGUUCAGUUUAUUUAUAGUAUGGUCACCCUACGAAAUUUGCUAUCCAUUUGUCCAAAUAAUGUUUAAUGCUAAGUUUUGAGUGAAAGUAAACUUCUGUGGGCACAUGUAAUUGCAGAUUAAAUGUCUUUUGCCUUUGUUAUAUAGCUUAUCACGAUCUCAUUUCUGCACAGAUUAUGUAUAUAAUGCUCGCAUGAAUUAAUUUGUUCAUUUUUUUCACUGCUGCGAAUAUGUUCGAUUAUUUGUUCCAAUUAGGAUGAAUGUUAUGAAGUUCAAAAUGCAGCAAAAUCUGUUAAA